AUGAUCACUGAACAAUCUAAUAUAACAUCAAGCUCUGCUCUAUCAUAUUCGACCAUGACAUCUUCACCUGGUACUAUUAUCACGACUGUCACAGUCCCCUGCACUCACAAAACAUGUUCUGUUCCUGAGCUGACAACUACUGUCACCAUCACCUACCCUACACCCACAGGCCCAGGUGAAACCAUGACUGUGAGUCAACUUACAACAGAUGUUGUUGUUGAAGAAAACACGAAAUCACUGACGGUCACUGUUACUGUGCCAUGUUCCACUCUUCCUUCAACACCUACAGGUAUGCCCAAUGUCACCGCUCCAUCAGGUUUGGCUACCUCUGAACUAUCUCCGUCACAUCCAACUGUGACAUCGGCUCCUGGAACCAUCGUUACUACUGUUACAGUCCCCUGCACUCACAAAACAUGCUCUGUUCCUGAGCUGACAACUACUGUCACCAUCACCUACCCUACACCCACAGGCCCAAGUGAAACCAUGACUGUGAGUCAACUUACAACAGAUGUUGUUGUUGAAGAAAACACGAAAUCACUGACGGUCACUGUUACUGUGCCAUGUUCCACUCUUCCUUCAACACCUACAGGUAUGCCCAAUGUCACCGCUCCAUCAGGUUUGGCUACCUCUGAACUAUCUCCGUCACAUCCAACUGUGACAUCGGCUCCUGGAACCAUCGUUACUACUGUUACAGUCCCCUGCACUCACAAAACAUGCUCUGUUCCUGAGCUGACAACUACUGUCACCAUCACCUACCCUACACCCACAGGCCCAAGUGAAACCAUGACUGUGAGUCAACUUACAACAGAUGUUGUUGUUGAAGAAAACACGAAAUCACUGACGGUCACUGUUACUGUGCCAUGUUCCACUCUUCCUUCAACACCUACAGGUAUGCCCAAUGUCACCGCUCCAUCAGGUUUGGCUACCUCUGAACUAUCUCCGUCACAUCCAACUGUGACAUCGGCUCCUGGAACCAUCGUUACUACUGUUACAGUCCCCUGCACUCACAAAACAUGCUCUGUUCCUGAGCUGACAACUACUGUCACCAUCACCUACCCUACACCCACGGGCCCAGGUGAAACCAUGACUGUGAGUCAACUUACGACAAAUGUUGUUGUUGAAGAAAACACGAAAACAUUGACGGUCACUGUUACUGUGCCAUGUUCCACUCUUCCUUCAACACCUACAGGUAUGCCCAAUGUCACCGCUCCAUCAGGUUUGGCUACCUCUGAACUAUCUCCGUCACAUCCAACUGUGACAUCGGCUCCUGGAACCAUCGUUACUACUGUUACAGUCCCCUGCACUCACAAAACAUGCUCUGUUCCUGAGCUGACAACUACUGUCACCAUCACCUACCCUACACCCACGGGCCCAGGUGAAACCAUGACUGUGAGUCAACUUACGACAAAUGUUGUUGUUGAAGAAAACACGAAAACAUUGACGGUUACUGUAACUGUACCAUGUUCCACUCUUCCUUCAACACCUACAAACGCGCCCAAUGUCACAGCCCCGUCAGGUUUGGCUACUUCUGAACUAUCUCCGUCACAUCCAGCCAUAACAUCGGCUCCUGGAACCAUCGUUACUACUGUCACAGUACCUUGCACCCAUAAAACAUGUUCUGUUCCUGAGCUGACAACUACUGUCACCAUCACAUACCCUACACCCACGGGUCCAGGUGAAACCAUGACUGUGAGUCAACUUACAACAAAUGUUGUUGUUGAAGAAAACACCAAAACAUUGACAGUCACUGUCACUGUACCGUGUCCAACUUCAGAAGCAGCGCCUACAAACGUACCCGCUAUUACUUCUUCACCUGUUCAACCCCCCAGCCUCAGUUAUUUGACUACAACUGUCAGUAUUCCAUGCACUACACUUUGUGAGUCGAGCGUGUAUACUACAUAUUUGACGGUGGCUGUACCAGGUACAACGACGUUAGGUCAGACGAUGACAGUCAGUGAGCUGACCACAGUUGUAAGUGUGAAGCGUAAUACUAAGAUAGUGACUGUUACGGUUACUGUGCCGCGUGAAAAUACACGUGUGCCUCUUCAAAGCUACAAGAUAACCACUGAAGGACCACAGCCAUCGGCGCCGCUUACUACUAUCACGCUCCCAUGCACUGAAGAAACUUGUGUUGAGAGCUACAAAACAAUCACUAUUGGUCCACAUGCAACCAAUCCUUCUGUCUCCACUCUUACCCUACCAUGUACUGGAGAGAAUUGCGUUGAAAGCUACAAGACAAUCACUAUCGGACCGCAGCCAUCUGCUCCGCUCACUACUAUCACGCUCCCAUGCACUGAAGAAACUUGUAUGGAGAGCUACAAAACAAUCACUAUUGGUCCAAAUGCGACCAACCCUCCUGUUACUACGCUUACACUGCCUUGUACUGAAGAGCAUUGUGUGGAAAGCUACAGGACAAUCACUGUCGGACCACAGCCAUCUGCUCCGCUCACUACUAUCACGCUCCCAUGCACUGAAGAAACUUGUGUUGAAAGCUACAAAACAAUCACUGUUGGUUCACAGGCGACCAAUCGGGUCACUACACUUACGUUACCUUGCACUGAGGAGAGCUGUGCCGAGAGCUAUAAGACAACAGUUGUGACCCAAAAUGCAACAUUUGCCCACACUCAAAGUGCAGGUAUCCGAACGGUCACAGUGUCUUGCUCGGGUGAUGAAUGUCUUCCAGGUCAUUCCACCUCCGUAAUUACCUUGAGCAAUACUGAAGUCUGCACUGGAACUACAUGUGGAAUCAGUAAUACAACUCAGUCAACUGAGUACUCCGCAACAUCUACGGGCACAUUACCUCUUCCUUGCACGGAUGAAUCGUGCAACGUUACAUUGAAUACAACUGUUCCAACAGUGGAAUCACCUUCCGAGAGUCAUCCCUACUUCCCUGUGUCGACCAAUUCUAAUGUGACCCACACUGGAUCCAAGUCAGGUGAACAUACUGAACUAUCUGUUUCUUCAACGGAGAUGAAUCCACCGUCGCAAAUGAACGUUACCUCAACGGUUGAAAACACAAGUUUAACAAACACGAUGAAUGUUACUGAGACCUCAAAAUGGAAUAAAACCCUCACUUCUGGGCUCAGUUCGACUGCUACCGAGCUACCGAUUCCGACCGUAUCAAAUGUCACUGAAACUUCUGUCAAGAACCACACUGCUACACACAUGGUAAACACAACUGCAAGUGAAAUGCCUCCGUUCACCACGGCAUCGAAUGUAACAGCGACAUCAACCUGGAAUAGGACCAUGACAGGAAUGAAUACAACUGCUACGGAGCUACCAAUUACGACCAUAUCAAAUGAGACCUCUGUUACGAACCACACCGCUACAAAAAUGGUAAACACGACUACAAGUGAGGUACCUCCGUUCACGACAGCAUCGAAUAUGACAGGAGUGAAAACAACUGCUACCGAGCUACCGAUUCCAACAGUAUCAAAUGUCACUGAAACCUCUGUCACGAAUCAUACCGCUACACAAAUGGUAAACACAACUGCAAGUGAAGUGCCUCCGUUUACGACAGCAUCGAAUAUGACAGGAGUGAAUACAACUGCUACGGAGCUACCGAUUCCAACAGUAUCAAAUGAGACCUCUGUUACGAAUCAUACCGCUACACAAAUGGUAAACACAACUGCAAGUGAAGUGCCUCCGUUCACGACAGCAUCGAAUAUGACAGGAGUGAAUACAACUGCUACUGAGCUACCGAUUCCAACAGUAUCAAAUGAGACCUCUGUCACGAAUCAUACCGCUACACAAAUGGUAAACACAACUGCAAGUGAAGUGCCUCCGUUCACCACGGCAUCGAAUGUAACAGCGACAUCAACCUGGAAUAGGACCAUGACAGGAAUGAAUACAACUGCUACGGAGCUACCAAUUACGACCAUAUCAAAUGAGACCUCUGUUACGAAUCAUACCGCUACACAAAUGGUAAACACGACUGCAAGUGGGGUACCUUCGUUCACGACAGCAUCGAAUAUGACAGGAGUGAAUACAACUGCUACUGAGCUACCGAUUCCAACAGUAUCAAAUGAGACCUCUGUCACGAAUCAUACCGCUACACAAAUGGUAAACACAACUGCAAGUGAAGUGCCUCCGUUCACGACAGCAUCGAAUAUGACAGGAGUGAAUACAACUGCUACGGAGCUACCGAUUCCAACAGUAUCAAAUGAGACCUCUGUUACGAAUCAUACCGCUACACAAAUGGUAAACACGACUGCAAGUGGGGUACCUUCGUUCACGACAGCAUCGAAUAUGACAGGAGUGAAUACAACUGCUACUGAGCUACCGAUUCCAACAGUAUCAAAUGAGACCUCUGUCACGAAUCAUACCGCUACACACAUGGCAAACACAACUGCAAGUGAAAUGCCUCCGUUCACGACGGCAUCGAAUGUAACAGCGACAUCAACCUGGAAUAGGACCAUGACAGGAAUGAAUACAACUGCUACGGAGCUACCAAUUACGACCAUAUCAAAUGAGACCUCUGUUACGAACCACACCGCUACAGAAAUGGUAAACACGACUACAAGUGAGGUACCUCCGUUUACGUCGGCAUCAAAUAUGACCGGGACAGCACUCCGGAGUAAGGCGUCAACAUUUACGCUCAACACAACUGCUGUUGAGGGGUCAGGAUCAAGCAGCGCAGGUAUACAGAUCUCUUCCCAAACCGUUACUGAGUUAUCCUCGAGCCAUAAGACCACAUUCACCGAAACUACGAUACUUCCUUGUGUGACCUGUACAGGAUCCGCUGGCUUAAAUAUGACCGGCACCAGUAUUGAAAGCGUUCCAUGCGCUACCUGUGUUGAGACGUCCACCUCGGAGUUUAAUAUGACAGCAACCAAUUACCAAACAGAAUCUUGUGCUACAUGCAUCUCCACAUCAUCCAUGGAGGGUAAUAGGACUAUCAACAGUGCCGCUACUACUUCCUGUGAAACAUGUUCUGGAUCAUCCCAAUGGAAUACGACUGGUGCUAGUGUCAGUACAGUUCCAUGCGAUACCUGCACUGUAUCGUCAGUGUCAGAAUGGAAUAAUACUGUCAUCGACACUGAAACAGUUCCUUGUAAGACCUGCAUCCCCACUGUUGGGUCAGAGUUAAACCACACUGUAACUCGGUUCACUUCAUCACCAUGCACAACGUGCGCUACUCCUAGUUUCGGGGCGAAUCUCACUGCUACCAGCGUUGCAUCUACUCAAUGUGACACAUGUAGCACGUUAAACAAUCCUGAAUGGAACACAACGGUAACUGCCACCAGCUCUGUUCCCUGCCAGACAUGCACAGCCAUAUCAGGUAAGAUCUCCAGCGUUACUUCAAUGGCAACUGUUACCAUUCCUUGUACGGAGACUUCAUGCGAAGUGAGCGCAUACACCACUGCCCUGACUGUGGUACACCCAUCAGUCGCACCUGAGCAAUCUGUUGUUAGCAGUGUGAUGACGACUCCGGUCGUCAUCUCAUCUCAGACGUACAUGGCAAGCCUGACAGUUCCCGCUCCUGCUCCAAUGGUUUCUGGAACUCAGCCGGCACCUGCUGCACCUGGCGUCACUUCAAUGGCCACUGUUACUAUUCCUUGUACGGAGACUUCCUGCGAAGUGGGUGCAUACACCACUGCCCUUACAGUUGUACACCCAUCAGUCGCACCUGAGCAAUCUGUUGUUAGCAGUGUGAUGACCACUCCGGUCGUCAUCUCCUCUCAGACUUACAUGGCAAGCCUGACAAUUCCCGCACCUGCUCCAGUUGUAUCUGAAACUCAGCCGGCACCUGCUGCACCUGGUGUCACUUCGAUGGCCACUGUUACUAUUCCCUGUACGGCGACGUCUUGCGAAGUGAGUGCAUACACCACUGCCCUUACAGUUGUACACCCAUCAGUCGCACCUGAGCAAUCUGUUGUUAGCAGUGUGAUGACCACUCCGGUCGUGAUCUCCUCUCAGACGUACAUGGCAAGCGUGACAGUUCCCGCACCUGCUCCAGUUGUAUCUGAAACUCAGCCGGCACCCGGCGUCACUUCAAUGGCCACUGUUACUAUCCCUUGUACGGAGACUUCAUGCGAAGUGAGCGCAUAUACCACUGCCCUUACAGUGGUACACCCAUCAGUCGCACCUGAGCGAUCAGUUGUUAGCAGCGUGCUGACCACUCCAGUCGUGAUCUCAUCUCAGACGUACAUGGCAAGCCUGACAGUUCCCGCUCCUGCUCCAAUGGUUUCUGGAACUCAGUCGGCACCUGCUGCACCUGGCGUCACUUCGAUGGCCACUGUUACUAUUCCUUGUACGGAGACUUCCUGCGAAGUGAGCGCAUACACCACUGCCCUUACAGUUGUACACCCAUCAGUCGCACCUGAGCAAUCUGUUGUUAGCAGUGUGAUGACGACUCCGGUCGUCAUCUCCUCUCAGACGUACAUGGCAAGCGUGACAGUUCCUGCACCUGCCCCGGUCGUAUCUGAAACUCAGCCUGCACCUAUUGCAUCCGGAGUCACUUCAAUGGCCACUGUUACUAUUCCUUGUACGGAGACUUCCUGCGAAGUGAGCGCAUACACCACUGCCCUUACAGUGGUACACCCCUCAGUCGCACCUGAGCAAUCUGUUGUUAGCAGUGUGAUGACCACUCCGGUUGUGAUUUCAUCUCAGACGUACAUGGCAAGCGUGACAGUUCCUGCACCUGCCCCAGUCGUAUCUGAAACUCAGCCUGCACCUACUGCACCUGGCGUCACUUCAAUGGCCACUGUUACUAUCCCCUGUACGGAGACUUCCUGCGAAGUGAGCGCAUACACCACUGCCCUUACAGUGGUACACCCAUCAGCCGCACCUGAGCAAUCUGUUGUUAGCAGUGUGAUGACCACUCCAGUCGUGAUCUCAUCUCAGACGUACAUGGCAAGCCUGACAGUUCCCGCUCCUGCUCCAAUGGUUUCUGGAACUCAGUCGGCACCUGCUGCACCUGGCGUCACUUCGAUGGCCACUGUUACUAUUCCUUGUACGGAGACUUCCUGCGAAGUGAGCGCAUACACCACUGCCCUUACAGUUGUACACCCAUCAGUCGCACCUGAGCAAUCUGUUGUUAGCAGUGUGAUGACCACUCCGGUAGUCAUCUCAUCUCAGACGUACAUGGCUAGUGUGACAGUUCCCGCACCAGCUCCAAUGGUUUCUGAAACACAGCCUGCACCUGGCAUCACUUCAAUGGCCACUGUUACUAUCCCCUGUACGGAGACUUCAUGCGAAGUGAGUGCAUACACCACUGCGCUGACUGUGGUACACCCAUCAGUCGCACCUGAGCAAUCUGUUGUUAGCAGUGUGAUGACCACUCCGGUUGUGAUCUCCUCUCAGACGUACAUGGCAAGCCUGACAGUUCCUGCACCUGCCCCGGUCGUAUCUGAAACUCAGCCUGCACCUAUUGCAUCCGGAGUCACUUCAAUGGCCACUGUUACUAUUCCUUGUACGGAGACUUCCUGCGAAGUGAGUGCAUACACCACUGCCCUGACUGUAGUACACCCAUCAGUCGCACCUGAGCAAUCAGUUGUUAGCAGCGUGCUGACCACUCCAGUCGUGAUCUCCUCUCAGACGUACAUGGCAAGCGUGACAGUUCCUGCACCUGCCCCAGUCGUAUCUGAAACUCAGCCUGCACCUAUUGUACCCGGAUUCACUUCAAUGGCAACCGUUACUAUCCCUUGUACGGAGACUUCUUGCGAAGUGAGUGCAUACACUACUGCCCUGACUGUGGUACACCCAUCAGUCGCACCUGAGCAAUCAGUUGUUAGCAGCGUGCUGACCACUCCAGUCGUGAUCUCAUCUCAGACGUACAUGGCUAGUGUGACAGUUCCCGCUCCUGCUCCAAUGGUUUCUGAAGCACGGCCUGCACCUGGCGUCACUUCGAUGGCCACCGUUACCAUUCCUUGUACGGAGACUUCCUGCGAAGUGAGUGCAUACACCACUGCUCUGACUGUGAUGCACCCGUCGGUCGCACCUCAGCAAUCUGUUGUUAGCAGUGUGAUGACCACUCCGGUUGUCAUCUCAUCUCAGACGUACAUGGCUAGUGUGACAGUUCCCGCUCCUGCUCCAAUGGUUUCUGAAGCACGGCCUGCACCUGGCGUCACUUCGAUGGCCACUGUUACUAUUCCCUGUACGGCGACUUCCUGUGAAGUGAGCGCAUACACCACUGCUCUUACUGUGGUGCAACCAUCGAUCUCUCCAGGGCAAUCUGUUACGAGUAGUGUGAUCACUACUCCAGUCGUGAUCUCAUCUCAGACGUACAUGGCUAGUGUGACAGUUCCCGCUCCUGCUCCAAUGGUUUCUGAAACUCAGCCGGCACCUGUUGUACCUGGUGUGACGUCGAUGGCUACUGUUACCAUUCCUUGUACGGAGACUUCCUGCGAAGUGAGCGCAUACACCACUGCUCUUACAGUGGUGCACCCAUCAGUCGCACCUGAGCAAUCUGUUGUUAGCAGUGUGAUGACCACUCCGGUUGUGAUUUCAUCUCAGACGUACAUGGCUAGUGUGACAGUUCCCGCUCCUGCUCCAAUGGUUUCUGAAACUCAGCCGGCACCUGCUGCACCUGGUGUCACUUCAAUGGCCACUGUUACUAUCCCCUGUACGGAGACUUCUUGCGAAGUGAGCGCAUACACCACUGCUCUCACUGUGGUGCAGCCAUCGAUCCCUCCAGGGCAAUCCGUUGUUAGUAGUGUGAUCACCACUCCAGUCGUGAUCUCAUCUCAGACUUAUACGGCAUGCGUGACAGUUCCUGCACCUGCCCCAGCAAUUUCUAAUACUCAACCUGCACCCUUAGUACCUAGGGUCACUUCUAUGGCUACUGUUACCAUUCCUUGCACGGAGACUUCCUGCGAAGUGAGUGCAUACACCACUGCGCUGACUGUGGUACACCCAUCAGUCGUACCUGAGCAAUCUGUUGUUAGCAGCGUGAUGACCACUCCAGUAGUGAUCUCCUCUCAGACGUACAUGGCUAGUGUGACAGUUCCCGCACCUGCCCCAGUUGUAUCUGAAACUCAGCCUGCACCUAUUGUACCCGGAGUCACUUCAAUGGCAACCGUUACUAUCCCUUGUACGGAGACGUCUUGCGAAGUGAGUGCAUACACUACUGCCCUGACUGUGGUACACCCAUCAGUCGCACCUGAGCAAUCAGUUGUUAGCAGCGUGCUGACCACUCCAGUCGUGAUCUCCUCUCAGACGUACAUGGCAAGCGUGACAGUUCCUGCACCUGCCCCAGUCGUAUCUGAAACUCAGCCUGCACCUACUGCACCUGGUGUCACUUCGAUGGCCACUGUUACUAUUCCCUGUACGGCGACUUCCUGUGAAGUGAGCGCAUACACCACUGCUCUUACUGUGGUGCAACCAUCGAUCCCUCCAGGGCAAUCUGUUACGAGUAGUGUGAUCACUACUCCAGUCGUGAUCUCAUCUCAGACUUAUACGGCAUGUGUGACAGUUCCUGCCCCUGCCCCAGUAAUCUCAAACACUCAACCAGCACCUGUUGUACCUGGUGUGACGUCGAUGGCUACUGUUACCAUUCCUUGUACGGAGACGUCUUGCGAAGUGAGUGCAUACACCACUGCGCUGACUGUGGUGCACCCAUCAGUCGCACCUGAGCAAUCUGUUACGAGUAGUGUGAUCACUACUCCAGUCGUGAUCUCAUCUCAGACGUACAUGGCUAGUGUGACAGUUCCCGCUCCUGCUCCAAUGGUUUCUGAAACUCAGCCGGCACCUGUUGUACCUGGUGUGACGUCGAUGGCUACUGUUACCAUUCCUUGUACGGAGACUUCCUGCGAAGUGAGCGCAUACACCACUGCUCUUACAGUGGUGCACCCAUCAGUCGCACCUGAGCAAUCUGUUGUUAGCAGUGUGAUGACCACUCCGGUUGUGAUCUCCUCUCAGACGUACAUGGCAAGCCUGACAGUUCCUGCACCUGCCCCGGUCGUAUCUGAAACUCAGCCUGCACCUAUUGCAUCCGGAGUCACUUCAAUGGCCACUGUUACUAUUCCUUGUACGGAGACUUCCUGCGAAGUGAGUGCAUACACCACUGCUCUGACUGUGAUGCACCCGUCGGUCGCACCUCAGCAAUCUGUUGUUAGCAGUGUGAUGACCACUCCGGUUGUCAUCUCAUCUCAGACGUACAUGGCUAGUGUGACAGUUCCCGCUCCUGCUCCAAUGGUUUCUGAAACUCAGCCGGCACCUGUUGCACCUGGUGUCACUUCGAUGGCAACCGUUACCAUUCCUUGUACGGAGACUUCUUGCGAAGUGAGCGCAUACACCACUGCCCUGACUGUGGUGCACCCGUCGGUCGCACCUCAGCAGUCUGUUGUUAGCAGUGUGAUGACCACUCCGGUCGUCAUCUCAUCUCAGACGUACAUGGCUAGUGUGACAGUUCCCGCUCCUGCUCCAAUGGUUUCUGAAGCACGGCCUGCACCUGGCGUCACUUCGAUGGCCACCGUUACCAUUCCUUGUACGGAGACUUCCUGCGAAGUGAGUGCAUACACCACUGCUCUGACUGUGAUACAUCCGUCAGUCGCACCAGAGCAAUCUGUCGUUAGCAGUGUGAUCACCACUCCGGUUGUGAUUUCUUCGCAGACUUAUACGGCAUGCGUGACGGUUCCCGCACCUGCCCCAGUAAUUUCUGAAACUCAGCCGCCACCUGCUGUAAUCUCAUCCGAGACAUACCCGACAAGCGAGAUAGCGACAGUUCCGCUGCCAGUACACACCAAUCCUUUGAUCACUAUGGCUAAUACGCUUCCUCAGAAGUAUGUCACGGUUACAACUUGCACCCUUGAGCUUCCCUGUACCAAAUCCGUGUGCGAGGAAAAGACAUUUACAACCGAGUUUGAGCAUACCUUUACACCCGCUGAAACUAUGAUAUCAACUAUCAUGACUACCUGUAUCACACUCUCUUCCGAAAUACACACGAUCGAAUACACUGUUCCAGCACCUGCUAGUCAGGAAUCACCACAUACUAUACUCCCCACUACGGGUAUAGCUGAAACUCCUAUCAAUACAGCUCAACCUCUUCUCACUCACGAGGUACCCGAAGCCUCAGUAACCCCACCGUCUGCUUCAGAGCUUGUACCACCUAAUGUGCCUGAAGUGUCAGAACAAGCACCUCCCAUUCCAACCGAAAUACAAUCUAUUGUUCCUCAACAACCACAAGGUUCACAACCACCAGCUAGAGCAGCCAAUCCAAGAGAAUCCCAGUAUGGUAUUCCUGCGGUACCACAACAGUCGAUCGCACCUCUUAAUUCCGAAUCACCAGAGGGUUCGCAACCAACUGUUAUCCCGACUGCUCCUCAAAUAUCUCUGCCUUCACCAGCACAACCAGAGUAUCAAACGAGCAGCCCUGUGUAUCAGCCCACUCCGGAAGUACCUGCUGAAUCCCAGCCCGGUGUUCCAACCCCCCAGGUUCAGUCUCCUCCGGCAGUGCCUGCUGAGUCCCAACCCAGUGUUGCAGCUCCACAGGUGCAGUCUUCCCCUCCUCAGAUGGUACCACAAGAGUCCCAACCAGAGGUCCCACUGGCUAAUCGCGGCUUGAAAAGUCGCAUCCCCGUUAAGCAUGUGGUCGGCCUCGUUCUCAUUUAUCUGAUCAUUUAG